GGCGUGCAUCUUUGCGUUCGUCGAAGUAUAAAGCAUCGUGGUGGUAGAUUUAACAGUCAUUCAGAGGCAAACAGUGCGACAGUGAAGUGGUUAGACUUAUAUUACAUCAUCUGAAGUGAUACGAGUACAUUAGAGAUAGCACAAUCAAAAAAAUGCGGUGGUUUACAUUCAGCUGCAUAUUAUUAUCAUUACUAUUAAGUAGUACAUUGGCUGAUUGGUCAUGGGGUGAAAAAUCUGAUGAUCAAACUAAAGAAUUGGAUACACAAAAAUCUACAGAGUUGCUGCAAGGAGAAAAAUUACCAGAAGCUCAAGAAAAAAAAUUUGAGUCUAACAGCACUGUACUUGAUGACAUUGUCGAUGAACUAGUCAGCAGCAAACAAGGCAGGAGUUUAGGUGGCUUCGAUGGUGUCGACGAUGUAUACAGCGAUCCCACGAUCAAGGAAGCCUUGGACGCAGGUGAUGAUGCUGAAGCUAGAAACCUUAUCAAAGGACGUCUCUGUACAUUAGGACUUAUUGAAUGUGACGAAGAACCACAAGAAAAGCGCACUUAUUUGUCACCCGAUGAGCUAAUUUAUGCCCAACCUGUUGAUAUAAAACCAGUUGGUAAACCAAUUGCAUCGAUUCCUGUACGUGGACCUCCUAGAGCUUAUGGACCUCCAAAACCGAUGCCAUAUCCACCUCGCCCACAAAAGAUCCCACCAAAGCGUGUAGGAUAUGGAAGUAAUUAUGCAAACAACUACCGACCAGGUUUUUCAGAAAAAUACGGCGUCGCUAGCAACAACUUCCAAUUUUCACAAAGUAGCGGAUUAUAUGGCGGCCACGAAUCUAACUACGUGACUAAACCUCCAAGUUUUCCUAACGAAUCUCCAUAUACCUUUGAAAAUUCUAAACCAAUUUACAACAAAGGCCCCAUUACACAGUCGUCUAGUAAAACGGAAACUGUUGUACAGCAACACGUUCAUCAUCAUUACGUUCAUGGUGAUAGUGACAAAGAUCCAAAAGUAAUUAUUAAGCCGGUGGCAAUACCAGUAGGAUCUGUUGGACAGUUGGAGUCAAUCGGAAGCUUAACAUCGCAAUCACAUGUACAGCAGUCGACAGAUAUAAUAACAGGCGGUGGGAACGAUUUUAGUGGAAUACAUUCAGGUGGCUUUAAACCAAUGGCAGGAGGUUACUUAGAAAAUAAACCAGGAUAUGAAACUGAUACAAUCUACGGUUCCCAAUAUAGUCACAAUAGUUUCAACAAAGGCAGCUCGAAUAUUUUAACACAAUCAUUGCCAAAUCCCUAUCCUAGUAAUACAUUCGAAGACCAAAAGUACGGUAAUUCGUUAGGCGCUUACGCUACUCAAAACAAUGAAUUCUAUAAAAAAGAGCUACAUGUAGGAUCCACAGACAAUUUAUACAACCGAGGACCCGCAACCUUUGGUCAAAACAAUUUAUAUCAAGAAAAUUAUCAUGAAGCUAAAGCCCAAGGAUUUGAAUGUGUUUGUGUAAACUAUGAUCAAUGUCCUAGUCAAGAAGUUAUUGGUCGUAGAGAUGAUUUGUAUCUACCUAUUGACCCACGUAACAAAGGUAGUGACAUCACGGCUUUAACUGAAGAACAACUAGACAAUCUCACAAAGACAGAUGCCUCAGAAAGCGCACGCGAAAGUAAAAUAAAUGCUACAGAGACUGAUACUAAAAAAAUAAGCAAACGAGAAACCAAGGAAGAUAGCUCUACCGAACCUUCAAAGGAAAUACAAGCGCGCCUCAUUGGAUUGGCCGGGUAUGGCGGCAAUGGCGGCAAUAACAACAAACAAGUGCAGCCCACGUUUGGUGUCUCUUUUGGGUUGCCCCAGCCAUCACAUGGUGGAUAUCCCAUCAAUCCUUUUAAUUCUAAUCCUCUCUAUAACCCUUACGGUCCAGCUCUCAAUAGUGGUGGCCUUAAUUUGGGUCUAAUUUCUGUAAAUCCAUUACUAUCAGUUCAAGUUUCAAAAAAUGAUUACGGCGAAAAAGUAGUAAAACCUUUUGUGAACUUACAUGUGACACCUAACGAACACGUAGUCGACAAAUUUAAGCACCUGUUUCACGAAAAGAAACUAUAUUUACUUAACAAACAUGAGCAUUAUCAUCACUUUACAAAUCCUCACCAUUUUGAUCACUACCAUAAACCAAUACCUCCACAAUAUGCACCUGCACCUCACUUUCCUCAAUAUCACGGUCCACCAGUAUACUCUCCGCAUUACCCACACUAUAAACCCGCUUACACAAAAAUUCACCCGUACAACAUUCACCACGAACCACACCACCACCCUAAUGAUGAUUACUACGAUGACGAUGAUAAUGUUGGACAUUACGAUGAUAAUAUAGAUUACCUCAACCAUAACCAAGGUUUUGAAAGAUCGUCAAAAACUAACGCAACAGACAGACAAAGUAAUUAUGCCAAUCGAUAUACAUAUUCCCGUUCCCUGACCCUCCCACCAAAUGAUGGGGCAAGCCGUGGAGGCCAAACCAUCCGUUUUCCUGAGAAUAGAAAGAAGAGAGAAAUCAGUAUAGAAAAACCUAGCAAAAAUAUAGAAGAGCGUCAAGGAUACUUUGGACAACAGUCUAUUCAACAGUGUCGGCCAAAUCAAGUCUGCUGUAGACGACCGCUUCGACCUCAAGCAGGAAACCGAGGCCAAUGUGGCAUAAGACAUUCCCAAGGAAUUAACGGCAGAAUAAAAACACCAUCAUAUGUCGACGGCGAAAGUGAAUUCGGAGAAUAUCCAUGGCAGGCGGCUAUAUUGAAAAAGGACCCGAAAGAGUCUGUUUAUGUCUGCGGAGGAACACUAAUUGACGGACUUCAUAUAAUGACUGCUGCUCAUUGUAUCAAAUCAUACAAAGGAUUCGAACUAAGAGUACGUCUUGGUGAAUGGGAUGUCAAUCGUGAUGUAGAAUUCUAUCCGUACAUCGAAAGAGAUGUGGUAUCAGUACAUGUUCAUCCACUGUACUACGCCGGUACUCUGGAUAAUGACCUUGCUAUUCUGAAGUUGGACCAUCCUGUCGAAUGGACGAAAUACCCACACAUCAGUCCUGCCUGCCUGCCUGAUAAAUACACCGACUACUCCGGGCAACGAUGCUGGACAACUGGUUGGGGCAAGGAUGCUUUCGGUGACUACGGCAAAUAUCAAAAUACACUGAAAGAAGUUGAUGUCCCAAUAUUGUCUCACGGUCAAUGCCAACAGCAGUUAAGGCAAACAAGAUUGGGCUACAACUAUGAAUUAAAUCAAGGGUUCCUUUGCGCUGGUGGUGAAGAAGGUAAAGAUGCCUGCAAAGGGGACGGAGGAGGCCCACUAGUGUGCGAGCGUGGUGGUACCUGGCAGCUUGUGGGUGUGGUUUCCUGGGGUAUUGGCUGUGGACAAGUUGGAGUACCCGGCGUCUACGUCAAAGUAGCCCACUACCUGGACUGGAUCUCACAGAUUACAGGCAAAUUUGCACCGUACUAAAAUACAUAUAAUUUUUUUUAUGAAUGUCACAAUUAUGACUGAAUUUUAUACAUAUAUUUAUUACUAGGUGUUAGACCUAUUUAUUAUUUGUAAUUUAUUAUAACUUUGGAUGGUAAUAUCCAGAGAUUACGAGUAAUUGCAUGUGCAGAUAUAAUAAAAUAUAAAGUAAAUUUUUAAA